AUGGCACAAAUUCAUGCUCAGAGUGCCUUUGUUACCACGCAGCCAGUGGUUAUCAAUCCAUUUCACCAAUUCACCGACAGCUGGAGAGUAGACUUAUGCGAAUGUUGCAAUGAUAUUUCUCAAUGCUGCUAUGCAUAUUGGUGUUUUCCUUGUUUUGUUCUGGCGCUCGCAGGCAAGAUUGACGAACCUUGUGUAUCAUGUUUCUGCCUUCCAAAUGCACUUGGUGUUUAUCGCAUGAAAGUUCGAGCUACUCUACGAAUUAAAGGUGAUUCUUGUAAUGAUUAUUGUGUUGUUUGCUGUUGCCCAUUCUGCGCUGGACUUCAAAUGCGUAAUGAACUCACUCAACGAGGCCUUCGUUAA